UCCAGAUGAUUACAGGCAUUUAACAGGCCAGUUCCUCUCAUCCUAACAAAGCAGCAGUGAUACCUUGAAGAGUGGACAUCUCUGGCAGCGCUACGAGGGUGAGAUUUCUUUGAUUCUACUACAUUUUGUCGUUCAUUCCGUGACAUGAGGGCAUAAAUACAAAAAAAUGAGCGGGGAAAGCAAGAGUGCAAGCAUUUCAGGAAGCCUGGCUCUGGAUGGCUCCAGGGAAGGACUCUCCAUUAAAGGGAAUGCAGAUAACAGUAUCGCUGCAAAAAGUGACAAAAAACCAGAGGAGGAUAUUGUUGGAGCCACGAUAAAUCUAAGCAACCUUGACGAAAGUGAUGUGCGUACCAUCCUGGAGACCCUAAAGCCAUAUGAACACAAUAUGAAGGUUCUGACGAAAAAGGACCUGAGUGCUGGUGUUGGGCUUGACUCGUUUGGAUUGGGUCUCAAAAACUCUACAGAGGGGCUGUUAAAGUCAGAUCUUUCACUGGAUUCAUCUGCUGACCUGCCAACGAUUUCCUUCAACGGCCUUAGUGGAGGGCUAAAAGCUGAACAUGGAGUGGAUGGUAAAAUCACUGGCCCCACUAUCAACGGAGACCUCACCAAACUCAGCCUUAAUAAGCCAUCAGCCGAUGCUGGUGCUGCAGUCACAAUGCCGUCUAUAGGACUACCAGGAUCAGAUAUAAAAGCAGAUAUAGACGGCUCGCUUAAAACACCUGAUGUCAGUGUGUCAGCUCCACAAGUCAAGAUGCCAAAUGCAUCCUUGAAAGUUGAUAAACCAGAUUUGAAAUCAGGUGAAUACCAGGCCCCAAACAUCAAAUUGCCAAAACUCAAACUACCAAAACCAGAAAUGGAUGUUUCUGGUGACAUGGAUCUUCCAUCUGUAAGUGGAAAGGUAGAUGCACCAAAUCUCAACUUAUCAACUCCAAAGUCAAGUUUUAGUGGAGGGCUAAAUGCUGAACAUGGAGUGGAUGGUAAAAUAACUGGCCCCACUAUCAACGGAGACCUCCCCAAACUCAGCCUUAAUAAGCCAUCGGCCGAUGCUGAUGCUGCAGUCACAAUGCCGUCUAUAGGACUACCAGGAUCAGAAAUAAAAGCAGAUAUAGACGGCUCGCUUAAAACGCCUGAUGUCAGUGUGUCAGCUCCACAAGUCAAGAUACCAAAUGCAUCCUUGAAAGUUGAUAAACCAAAUUUGAAAUCAGGUGAAUACCAGGCCCCAAAGUUCAAAAUGCCAAACUUCAAAUUGCCAAAAACUGAACCAUCAAAAACAGAAAUGGAUGUUUCUGGUGAUGUGGGUCUUCCAUCUGUAAGUGGAAAGGUAGACGCACCAAAUCUCAAUUUAUCGACUCCAAAGUCACAUUUUAAUAAGCCAAACUUGGAAUUCAAUGAGCCAAAAGUAAAUUUGAAUGACCCUAAUCUAAAAUUAGAAGCCCCCAAUGCUGAUAUUGAGGCACCUUCAGGCAAAAUCAAAUGGCCACAUUUCAAAUUGAAAAGUGCCAAAGUUAAAGGACCAGAUACUGACCUAGAUGCUGAAAUGUCAGUGCCUGAUGCCAAUGUGCCCACGGCAAAGGUUGAUGGGGAUUUAGAUGUUGAUAUCAACUUUCCCAAAGCAGACAUCAAAGGCCCUGAGGUAGAUGUUGAUUCCCCGUCUGGUAAAAUCAACUGGCCCCACUUGAAGUGGAAGAAACCAAAAUUUCAUGGCUCAAAGGAUAAUUUGGAUAUAGAUGCAAAUAUUGAUCCUCCAGACGUUGACCUUUCUCUUCCAAAGGUGAAGGGGGGGCUGGAUCCCCCAGAUGUUGAUAUGAACCUGCCAAAGGCAGAUAUUAAAGGCCCAGACUUUGAUGUAGAAUCUACAUCUGGUAAAAUCAACUGGCCCCACUUGAAGUGGAAGAAACCAAAAUUUCAUGGCUCAAAGGAUAAUUUGGAUAUAGAUGCAAAUAUUGAUCCUCCAGACGUUGACCUUUCUCUUCCAAAGGUGAAGGGGGGGCUGGAUCCCCCAGAUGUUGAUAUGAACCUGCCAAAGGCAGAUAUUAAAGGCCCAGACUUUGAUGUAGAAUCUACAUCUGGUGAAAUCAACUGGCCUCAUUUGAAAUGGAAGAAACGUAAAGCUCGAGGCUUGGCAAUAGAUGGAGAUUUAAAUACACCGGAUGUAAAUCUCGUAUCUCCAAAAAUUGAGGGUGAUAUUAAUGUUCCCAAAGCUGAACUGAAUCUCCCCAAAGCUGAUCUCACAGCUCCAGAUGUUGAUCCUCCCUCAGGAAAAGUUAAUUGGCCUCAUCUGAAAUGGAAAAAAUCUAAAGUUCAUGGCCCAAAAGCUGAAGUGGACGCAGAUUGGAAGGCACCAGAUGUUAAUUUCUCAACUCCAAAGAUUGAUGGUAAAAUUAACUCACCAGACGUUGAUCUGAAUUUACCUAAAGCUGAGGUUGACAUUGAGAAACCAGAGAUGGACAUUGAUUCUCCAUCUGGAAAGAUCAAAUGGCCCACCUUUAAAAAGCCAAAGUGGGCAAUUUCUAAACCGAAGGUAAAUGGUCCUGAUGUUGAUUUAGAUGCUGAUCUCUCUAAUCCUGAUAUUGAUCUCUCAGCUCCCAAGAUUGAUGGUAAAAUACACACACCAGAUGUUGAUGUGAAUUUCAUUGAAAUAUAA